CACACACACAGAGCUAACCCACACUCAUCCUUUUGUUUACAGGAACUGAUGCAAUAAGAGCGCUCCGUUGCAAACCCCGCCUUCGCUGCAUAUACUGCGCUGAUUGGUUUGACGCCACAGCAUCUCGUCUCUCAUUGGUCCGUUCGCGCGUCAGUCAGAGCGCUGUCCCGCUGCACAUGGAGGGAAGGAAGCCACGUUGACAUCAAUUAGUGUUUUUACAGUUUGGUAAACUAAAACACCGAACCGAAUCUUCCGUUCACCGUGAGUGUCGGCGGAGGUGUGUGGUUAUCAUCAGGAUGAGUGUGGGCUUCAUCGGAGCGGGUCAGCUGGCACAUGCCCUGGUCAAGGGCUUCACAGCGGCGGGUGCAAUUGCUGCGAACAGAAUCACAGCAAGUUCACCGGACACAGAUCUGCCGACAGUCUCCGGCCUACGGAAAAUGGGCAUCAGUUUCACUACGAGCAACAAAGAAGCGGCACACAAGAGCGACGUUCUGUUCCUGGCCGUCAAACCGCACAUCAUCCCGUUCGUUCUGGAUGAAAUCGGUCCAGAUAUCGAGGACCGUCAUCUGAUCGUCUCCUGCGCCGCUGGAGUCACUAUCAGCUCCAUUGAGAAGGUGCGAAACACGAUUAAAAUGGGCAUCAGUUUCACUACGAGCAACAAAGAAGCGGCACACAAGAGCGACGUUCUGUUCCUGGCCGUCAAACCGCACAUCAUCCCGUUCGUUCUGGAUGAAAUCGGUCCAGAUAUCGAGGACCGUCAUCUGAUCGUCUCCUGCGCCGCUGGAGUCACUAUCAGCUCCAUUGAGAAGCACACAUGUGUUUGUCAGGCGUUCAUGGCUCUUGAUGCUCUGGCUGACGGCGGGGUGAAGAUGGGGUUGCCACGGCGACUGGCGGUCAGACUGGGAGCUCAAGCUUUAUUGGGAGCAGCUAAGAUGCUUCUGGACUCGGAGCAGCACCCGGGACAGCUGAAGGACAACGUCUGCUCACCAGGUGGCGCUACCAUCCACGCACUGCACUUUCUGGAGAGCGGAGGCUUCCGGAGUCUCCUCAUCAACGCCGUGGAGGCCUCCUGCAUCCGGACCAGGGAGCUACAGUUUCUGGCCGAUCAGGAGAAGAUCUCGCCCGCUGCCAUCAAGAAGACGACGCUGGAUAAAGUGCUGCAGCAACCGGGCGUCUCGUCCACGUCAGUCGCCACCAAGAGCAGAGUGAACCUGUUCAACAACAGGAGCGGCGUCAAGAAGUGAACACACACACACACACACACACACAGAGGACAAUACAAGAACUGUGCCGUCCAUCCACACACACACACAUGCACAUUCAGACUGAAAUGCAUUAUGGGUCUGUGCUUGUGCUGACAGAGCGCCUCCUGUUACACUGGUACAGUAUUACACCGGGAAACACAAGUCAUAAAGAGUGUUAUUAACAUUAUUAUUUGCAUCUUCAUAUCUAUAAAGUCCAUGACAAUUCAAAGGGAAUAAUGUAAAUGGUUUCCAAACAUGUUUUUAUGUAAAUGGUCACUUUGUUCUAGGAUUAAACUGGACACAUGACACACAUUUUGCAUACAUGAACUGUCAGACUUGUUGAUUUUGUUUUGGUUAACAAGAUAUCAGAACACCUUAUAGCAACGCCCUGGCAACAACUCAAAACCCCUAUAGCAACGCCUUGGCAACAACUCAAAACUCCUAUAGCAACGCCCUGGCAACAACUCAAAACCCCUAUAGCAACGCCCUGGCAACAACUCACCACACCCUAUAGCAACACCUUGGCAACAACUCAAAACACCCUAUAGCAACGCACUGGCAACAACUCACCACACCCUAUAGCAACGCCUUGGCAACAACUCAAAACCCCUAUAGCAACGCCUUGGCAACAACGCAAUACCCCCUAUAGAAAUGGCCUGGCAACAACUCAAAACACCUUAUUGCAACGCCCUGGCAACCAUAUAGCAACAGCCUGACAAGAACUCAAAACCCCAUAGCAACCCUAUAGCACCUCCUUGGCAACAACUCAAAACACCAUAUAGAAAUGUCCUGGCAACAAUUCAAAACAGCCUUUAACAACACCUGGCAACAACUCAAAUCACCCUAUAGCAACACCCUAACAACACUCAAAACCCCAUAGCAACCCUAUAGCAACCCCCUGGCAACAACUCAAAACCCUCUAGCAACGCCCUGGCAACAACUUUUAUUUUGCUUUUUUGCUCUUUAAAUUGGAUUUAUUCUGUUGAUUUCUUUUGAAUACCUUACCUGUAAGUUCUUUCUGAAACAUUUUAUCAGGAUGUAUUGCAGACCUGGACACUUAUAUAUUUGUUGUUUGUUUUUUAAAAUUCUGGAGAAAAUAAUGAAUGUCAAACAGCCAAAGUGUUUUGUAAGCCGAUUAUCAGGAGUGAAGCAUCUUUCUGUUUGUCUGUUCUGUGUAUUUCUAUUGCAGAAUAUGAAAACUGCAUAAACGGUGCUGACAGUUAAAGAAAAGCUGUUUUUGCUUACGCUUGUGGUUUUAUUUCCGUCGGCUUCAUUGAUGAACUGUGUUCCUGAUGAGCGAGAACAUUGUUGCGUUUGUUCCAGACGUAAUUAAAGAGGGAGCAAACUAUAAA